CUCUAAUCUAAUAAAGUGUAUAUCUCAUGGGUAUCAAUUUUUUUUUUCAAUAGGUAAGAAAUCAAAUCGUUCUACAUAUCUUUACGAUCUUGUGAUAUUUUACGAGCGAAUAUCGUCGACAUAAUAUAAAACUCACAAAAAAUAAAAUAAUAAUGAUACUCCAUAUAAAGGAAAAAGACAGCAAAUAUGUAGGGUCAAUAUAAACGCAGCCUCGUCGUCUCUUCAUAUAUUCGUCUCUUUGUGUUCUUCUUCCUCCUCAGAUUCUCUUUCACUAAACAGAAACAAAGAUGGUUUUGACAAAAACCGCAACGAAUGAUGAAUCUGUCUGCACCAUGUUCGGAUCUCGCUAUGUUCGCACUACACUUCCCAAGUAUGAGAUUGGUGAGAAUUCGAUACCGAAAGACGCUGCGUAUCAGAUCAUAAAAGAUGAGCUGAUGCUUGAUGGUAACCCAAGGCUUAACCUAGCUUCUUUUGUGACUACAUGGAUGGAACCAGAGUGUGACAAACUCAUCAUGGACUCUAUCAAUAAGAACUACGUUGAUAUGGAUGAGUACCCUGUCACAACUGAGCUCCAGGUCUCUCCAUCUCUCGAUCUUUAUAUUUCCUAAGUACUAUAUCCAUAGUAUAAUUAACUAAUGGUCAAUGGUGCUAGAUCUAAUUUGGUUUGAAAUGGUUACUAUUGCUUAAUGGUUUCAUUAGAAUAUAGGAGUCAUUCUAAUGUAUAACGAAAAGGUAUAGAAUUUGCAUUCAAAGUUAGCGAGGGAUUUGGAAGUUGAAAAAUGAUGUUUGAUAAACUCAUAUAAUCAUAUUCAUUGUUUAGUAUUAGUCCCACAUUUAUUUCUCCAAAAGAAUAUAAAAGGAGACAAAUUAUAAUUAUAUUUAGUACUAUAGUUUUUUUUUUGAGAAAAUAUGACCCAUACGUUUCUAGCUAUUAUUGGCCGACAUAUCCAUGCUUUCAGUAACAAGUGGACUUGCUCGUUUUGUAAGUUGUUCUCUUGAUCAUAAAUAAUUGGUAUUGACUAAUGUUAAAAUUUUCAUCAAUACUAGUGGCCCACUUGAUUUGAACUUUGAAUACCAAAUUCGGUUAUCGUUAAACCAGUCGGUAUAUUCAUCCGGUUUUAUAUUUAUCAAAAAUGAAUCAAUCAAGUAGUAUGAUUAAAGUAGAAAACAUCUAAAUCUUUGAGAAUCAAAGUAUGUGAGGAAAAGAUGGUAAAGCAGAAUAAUUGAUUAGCCGAAGGACAAAAACUACACUUCUGUCGGCAACCUCUCUUUUAUUCCCCACAUCACCAGUUCACCACAAACAAAUUUUGGUUUUGAUUGGUCCACUCAACUUUUUCUCACUAUGUGGUACCAUUUGAUUGAGUUUAUCUAUAUAUUUAAGUUGAAAAGUGAACUAUGGACACCGUGAAUGCGUGGUAAACGUUGUAUGAAAUUAAUGUUUGACAAAAGAAAACCAUGCAUUAAAAUAAAGGGUAUGUUGGCAAAAUAGUCACUUUUCAGAACUUAAUUGUAAAUAUAGGGAGUUUACUAUUCAUAAUUGGAGAAUUAGGUACAUUACACUAUUACUCUAAUAGAAAUCUGUGUAAUAGAAAAAAAGUGGGACAUAGAAAGAGAAAUGGAAAUUACCAUAGGGGCCUUUGAUUUUUUUUUCACUCUACUCUCUUCUUUCUACACGCACCCUCUUUUUUUUUUUUAUAAUAUACAUAUAUAUUUUUUCUUUAUUUUUUAUAACCUCUCAAAUCUAAUAAUUGAAAUGCUUAUCAAUAUGAAUUUAUUUUUUAAAUUGAUUCAGAUACAUAAAAAUCUAUAUAUUUUUCUCUAUAAUUUGAUAUGCAUUUUGCUAAUAAUUUUAAAUAUAUUACAUAGACAUUUUUAUCAAUAGUCAAUUAAUUAUAUGUACACACUUUUAUUUGUACAGCAUAAUAAAUAUUCAUAUUUAUAACAAAUUUAUACAAUUCAAUUUAUUAUUUAACAACAUAUCUCAAUUUUUUUAUAUAAUACAUAUAUUUGUAUAUUUUUUACUAUUUGAUUCGUACACUUAGUUUUGUACAACAUUUUUAGUGUACAAAUAAAUAAAUGUACACAGCGUACACUUACAUCUGUACACUAAAAGUGUUGUACAAAUUUAAGUGUACGAAUCAAACUAUGAAAAGUCACUACUUUGCAAAUCGUGAAUACCCGAUACAUGUUUGUACGUGUUUAUUGUUAGACGAUUUUAUUUUGUACGUUGCAUUAGUUAGACAUAAAAUACAAUAUGUAUGUCUGAAAAUAUUUAUUUGCUUGACGGUUUUAAUUUGUAAUUUUCACCUAAGCUACAUGGAAUCGUAAGCGGAUAUUCGGAAGCAUUUGGAAGCGGAGAAACGAGUUUUUCUAAAAAAAUUAGGAUGCAUGUAUAUAUUGGAAGUAUGUGUAUAAAUUAUAUAAAUAUCUAAUUCAUAAUAUUCAUAAUAUAUAAAAAUUUGAAAAGAUAUUCAGAAUAAUAGGUGAUAUAAAUGUCUAAUCGAAUAUAGUUGUAUGAAAGUUCAUGUGGCGUAGUGGUAAAUACUCGCAAAUGCAUUCUCUCCACCCAGGUUCGAUCCUAUGGAGUUUAUUUUUUUACGUUUUAAUUAAAUUACAGGGGUAUAAUCGUAAAUUUAAACACAACUUCUUCUUCCCAAACAAAACCCUAGUAGUCGCCGUUCCUCUGUAAAGUUUUUUUCCUUCUUCUUCUUUUUUGAAUUUUUAAGUUUUGUUCAUCGUUUUCUCAUUCAACUUAACCAAAAUGUGAAAGAUCUAUCAAUAAUCUACAGAUUUCUACCUUAAAACUGAAGUUUUGGACAACUUUUUUCCUCACCGAUUUGUUUUCUGUUUUGUCAAAAACACCGACCAAUAAAAAUGUCUUUACAUCACCAGCAUUUCUAAUACCGAAUUCUAAAAUUCCAUAUAAGAAAAUUCCAAAAAAAUUCCAACUCUAUGCUACAUAGAUAACAAAAACUUCAAAAUUCAACAGAUCUGAUUCCGGCAAGAUACACCAGAACUAAUGUGAAAGUCUCUAACUUUCAUGGCCGAUUAUUUUUCUUAGAUUGACUGCAAAGUCAACAAUCACAUAUUCACUGAAUAAUGACUUCCUGUAGAUUAGUGGCAUGAGUUGUAAUUAAUAAAGUUGAUUUGGGGUAUUAUUGAUUUUGUAUUUGGUAGGGACAAAGAGCAGUGACUAAAAAUCUAAUUAUGAAUAGUAUACUGCCUAGUUCUAUAAUUAUGUUUCAAAAAGUGACUAAUUCACAACUUAAUCCUAAAAUAAAUUAGAAUUAUACAUAUAUAGAGGAUAUAAACAGUUGUGACUUGUGAUAAAACCUAGGAGAGCCCACCCACCAUUAAAAUCUCGUGGUCGAUCGGUCUAUUGUCACAUACAUUCUAUCAUGUGAAACUUCAACAAUUUCACCAUUAAGAAGUUGGUACUUGUUUGUUCAUAAAUGGUUAUGUGAUGGCAUCACUGUGUGCCUUUGAUACUUGAUAGUGUGAAUACGAUAAUAACUAGUAAAAAAUAUCAUAGUACUUUAUUGUGAUUAUUAUCUUGUCAUAUUGGUUUUUUGCAUAAAAAUAUAUAUAGCCCAUUAUCAAUACUAUAAAUAAAAAUUACCCUUUCGUUUGAUAAAAAAUCUAAAGAUACUUUGAUCAAUUAGAUCACUGAAAUUCGUAGAUUCACUAAUUUCGUACCAAUAGUCUUUUCUUUUGGUAAAAGCUACAGAUAAGUUAUGUGAUAGUAAAUGAGCAUGGAAUUUGAUUUGUCAUAACACUUAUAUCAAUCUUUUAAAAAGAAGAUUCAUAAUUUUGAAUAUUUAGGAACAGAACAAAUGUGUAAACAUUAUAAUUUUGAAUUGUUUGGAAAAACAGAACCGAUGUGUAAACAUUAUAGCUCGACUGUUCAAUGCGCCACUCGAGGAAUCUGAGACGGCGGUGGGAGUAGGGACAGUUGGUUCUUCAGAAGCCAUCAUGUUAGCCGGAUUGGCCUUCAAAAGAAAAUGGCAGAACAAACGCAAGGCUGAGGGUAAACCCUAUGACAAACCCAACAUUGUCACCGGAGCCAAUGUUCAAGUUUGCUGGGAGAAAUUCGCUCGGUACUUCGAGGUGGAGCUAAAGGAAGUAAACCUAAGUGAAGGUUACUACGUGAUGGAUCCAGACAAAGCAGCAGAAAUGGUAGACGAGAACACAAUCUGUGUCGCAGCCAUAUUGGGAUCCACACUCAACGGUGAGUUCGAAGACGUGAAACGUCUCAAUGACUUGCUAGUCAAGAAAAACGAGGAGACUGGUUGGAACACACCGAUCCACGUGGAUGCAGCAAGUGGAGGGUUCAUAGCUCCGUUUAUCUAUCCUGAAUUAGAAUGGGACUUUAGGCUUCCUUUGGUUAAGAGCAUCAACGUGAGUGGUCACAAGUAUGGACUAGUCUAUGCUGGUAUUGGUUGGGUCGUGUGGAGGGCAGCAGAGGAUUUACCUGAAGAGCUUAUCUUUCAUAUUAAUUAUCUUGGUGCUGAUCAACCCACUUUCACUCUCAAUUUCUCCAAGGGAUCGAGCCAAAUUAUUGCUCAAUACUACCAGCUCAUUCGUCUUGGAUUCGAGGGGUACAAAAAUGUGAUGGAGAAUUGCAUAGAGAACAUGGUGGUUCUCAAAGAAGGUAUAGAGAAAACAGAGCGUUUCAACAUAGUCUCAAAGGACCAAGGAGUGCCAGUCGUCGCCUUCUCUCUCAAGGACCAUAGUUUCCACAACGAGUUCGAGAUCUCUGAGAUGCUACGUCGUUUUGGCUGGAUCGUCCCAGCUUACACUAUGCCUGCCGAUGCACAGCACAUCACGGUUCUGCGUGUUGUCAUCAGGGAAGAUUUCUCAAGAACACUCGCGGAGAGACUUGUUGCUGAUAUUUCGAAGGUGCUUCAUGAGCUAGAUACCUUGCCUUCCAAGAUAUCUAAGAAGAUGGGAAUAGAAGGGAUCGCGGAAAAUGUAAAGGAGAAGAAGAUGGAGAAGGAGAUUCUGAUGGAAGUUAUUGUUGGAUGGAGGAAGUUUGUGAAGGAGAGGAAGAAGAUGAAUGGUGUGUGCUAA